GAGAAGCGUGGAGCUGCAGCUCAGCACCACGGACAGCGAACGAGCUAUCCAUCGAUAUUAUUGGAGAAUCAGAAGACUGAACUGACAAUGAGGGGUUUGAUUUGAUCUCGCAAAGACCUUUUCGCUGCUAAACCAAAAGUUUACGAAGCCGUGGGACUGUUCCCAGCGAUACUACCGCUUGACGCGCAACACAGCGGAUGAACGCAAAUACUGGCAUGGAAACAAACAUGGCAGAAGUGAAGACUUUCUUCUAAACCAGUGAAAACAGGAGGAAACAAGUCUACAUCUGCACCAUCUUCCUCUCUGAAACCUACAAUGGAGCCGCCUGACCAGAGCGACUGGUUUCCCUUUGCACCAGACCUCAACUCCUCCUCUGCAGCCACUCCCUCGCCUUUCCUUCUUUCAUACCCCCGCCUCUUCAACAUCUCCUCCAACCUGUCCACUCAAAGUGUCCCCUUCCAGGGCAGCAGCACUCUAAUGACGGCACUCAUCUACCUCACAGUCUUCAUGGUGGGUCUGACUGGCAACACUCUGGCCAUCUACGUGGUGCUGCGCUAUGCCAAAAUGAAGACAGUCACCAACAUCUACAUCCUGAACCUGGCGGUGGCCGAUGAACUCUACAUCAUCGGGCUCCCCUUCCUCACCACGCAGAACGUGCUCUCCUAUUGGCCGUUCGGCUCCUUCCUGUGCCGUUUAGUCAUGACGGCAGACUCCAUGAACCAGUUCACGUCUAUUUUCUGCCUGACGGUCAUGUCCAUCGACCGUUACCUGGCUGUGGUUCAUCCAAUCCGCAGCACCAAGUGGAGACACCCCCGCGUGGCCAAGGUGGUGAGCGCAGCCGUGUGGGCCGUGUCCUUUGUGGUGGUCCUGCCUGUUGUCAUCUUCUCUGAUGUUCAGGACACAUUUAACUCCUGCAACAUGAACUGGCCAGAGCCAAAGAACGUGUGGUCAACAGCCUUCAUCCUCUACACUGCCACAGUGGGUUUCUUUGGACCACUGCUCAUCAUUUGCCUCUGCUACCUACUUAUCGUUAUCAAGAUAAAGUCAUCCGGGGCGCGGGCGGGCUUCACCAAGCGUCGGCGUUCCGAGCGCAAGGUGACACGGAUGGUGGUGGUGAUCGUGGUGGUGUUUGUAUUUUGCUGGCUGCCGUUCUUCAUCAUCAACAUGGUCAAUCUGGUGGUCAUCAUCCCAGAGUCCAGCGCCACUGCCGGCAUCUACUUCUUCGCUGUCAUCCUGUCCUACGCCAACUCCUGUGCCAAUCCGGUGCUCUACGGCUUCCUGUCAGACAACUUCAGACAGAGCUUCAGAAAAGUGUUGUGUGUGAGGAGUAUAAGAUGCAAGGCCAACGGUGUGGACGAUGGCGACCCCAGAGCCCCGCGCACUGAGAAAACCACAGCACACGACUGCGUCCUUUUCUCCUAUCGUAACCAGGACUACCACAAUCCCCAGACCAGCCAGAUCUCUCCUCACCCUCCAGGCUCACCUACCUCCCACACAGCAGCUGGCCUGCACCGCUCUACCCCGACACGUCAACCUCAACCUCCCUCCACUUGCCCAGGUAUCGGACCCGCCACUACCACGGUAACCUCCAUCGUAACCCUGGCUGAACUUCCCACCGUCACUGCCCUGACUACGCCCUCCUCCUCCACCUCCAUAGCUCUGCAGGAACAGUAGCCAAUGAUCUGUGAACAUCAGGUGUUGUAAUGUGAAAACCCAUUUCCAGGAUUAGUUUGCAACACACUCAUUUUAAAUGUAUUGCAACAUUCACGGUCCAUUUCAGUGAAGAAACCUCAUGAAUAUUUGUCAUGUCUUCAUGUGUAUCUCUACCUGUAGAGUCACCCAGCCUCUUUUUUCUUUCCAUCCAGCCAUCUGACACAAGUGCCUUUUCAGCUGCUCUCAUCAAUCAUCGCAGACACAGGAACAUUUUCACCUUCUCCCACUCACUGGACACACAACAUGUAAGAACGUAUUUACUUUUCAGGACCAAAAAUUGCCAUUUAGGACGUAUAUAUACAGCCAGUGGAGAAGACUUCCUGCAGGUAUUUAAGAUGUUUAUUUAGGUAAACCGGGCAUUACAGGGUUCUCUUUUACAACCACACGUUGUGAUUUAGACUAAGAAGAUAAAAGGUAUUUUAAGAUACAAAUCUUAAGCUUGAAUUAAACAGCCAGACAGCAAAAAGCACAAAUUCAGUGUCAUGUUAUUUCUGUAUUAUAGUACAACCAUUUCCAUUUCCAGCUCCUACUCACUUCUGUUCUCUUCACUUAAAGGGGAACACCACCUUAAUUUAAUGAAUUCAAAUAUGUUAUUUCCAUAUUUGUUGAGCUCCUCUCUCUCUCAAAGCCAGAAACCAGAGUCUCAAAGAUGUGAUGUCAUCAGGUAUAAAGUCUGGAGCGGCUCCAUAGACAAUAAAUGUGAGACCCAAAUGAGCUUUUUUCUAUUGUAGUGUUCUCAGCCCUGAAACAGAACAUUUAUCCAUAUACUGAGAUUAUUCCCCUGGUUGCUCUGAGUGUCAUCUAUAAUAUCUUUCACACGUCAUUGUCUGUGGAGCAGUUCCAGACUCUACACUUGAUGACAUCACACAUUUGAGUUUUAGCACUCAGGUUUUGGAUUUGGGAGAGAGUUGUUCAUGUUUAGUAUUAAAUUAGACCAUAGGAAUGACAUGUAUGAAUUAAAAUAAAUAGAUUGGGUAAUAAAAAAGGGGACAUUGUGAUGACAUCUGUACAGCUUUGUGGAAAAAGUCUACGCUAAUCGUUUUUGUAUUCUGUUUGUAUUUUCAGAAAAUGGCUUGCUUGCUGUUUAUCAGCUUCUCGGUCACAGCAAAUGUGACUCUAUCCCUGCUUAGUGUUUUUUUGUAAACACGUAGCCAGCAUUGAACACAAACCUCUUACCUCUAUGUAUAUACUGUUUACCUCCUAAUUCCUGUCUUUUGGUAUUUGCGUGUCAUGUACGUGUGAGUGCAUUUGUGGCUGUUUUGCAUAUAUAAAUACAUGCCUUCUCUCUGCAGAACAUGUGAUGCUGGUAAAUCUAGGGUUUAAAUCAAAAUAUAUUGUUGCUACUGUUAUUGUGUGACCAUGCUUUGCUCAGCGCCUUGUUUACUGUACAAUAGAUUAUAUAAACAUAUACUGUAAAGUGGCUAUUUAUGAUCGGACUGGCAGCACAGCUGGUGGAGCCUUUGAAAUGCUUAUAUUGCAAACUUGUCCACCCUUAAGCUUUUAUUAUGAAAGAUCCUGUGUUGAUUCUGGGACAGAUGGGAGAGGACUUCUGAUUGGCUGGAAGGUGCCCUUUAAAAUCAUACAAUUUGGCAAUGCAGGUAACCAUAGCAACCAUGUUCCUGCUUUGUGCCACGCCUCUGCCGGUGGUGAGUGGACAUUGUAGCACAAAAACACAGUCAGCUAGUAUUAUUGUGUGUUAGGACACCUAAAGUAUUUCUGGUCUAUAUAACAUAUCACCACACAGUCAAUCUAUGUAUAAACACAACAUUGUGUUAUUCGAUAAAAGCUGACGAGAAUCAAAUAAUGUUCACAUUAAUGGAUGAGAUUAUAGCACCAGGACUGAGAAUGAGUUCAGAAAAUCUAAAUGAUGGAUGUUUUUCAGCAAGCAGUAAAUACAAAGAACAUAUGAUGUAUAUUAUAACAAAAUGAUAUAUAGUUGUUCAGAUGCUGUAUGUAUGUUGGGUUUCUUUGGAAUACAAUUAUGUGAUCAAAAACCAGACAUUUCUGAACUUCUGGACCUGAUAUGUCUGUAUUUUACACACACACACACACACACACACACACACACACACACACACACACACACCAAACUCAAUUAAACUCUUAUGUGGUGGGAAAUACAUCUAAAUCUUUGUUCUAAGGACCUAAAAAAUCUUCUUUUUUUUUAUCAGUUUACAAUGAUCGAUUGGGUCCUACAUACAGACCAGAUUUUCUGCCAGUGUUACAACAUCUUUGGUUAUUUUAAUUGAGCAAUUUUAGUUUUUCUGUAUAUUAUUUUCUCUGUUCUCUUCUCACUGUUUGGAAGUGGGCGGGGCUUAGUCAGAAGGAGGUGAUGUCAUGAAUAUCCGAGCACCUGUCAGGAUUUAGCAACAUUUGAUUUAAAAUAUCAUGACUGUUGGUGGGUUGUUUGCUAAUAUUUUGUCAGUGUCAGCUGUGUCGAUUGGUAUUUGUUGUACCAUCAUCUUAACUUUAUGAAUAAAUAGAAAUGCUGUGUGUA